AUGAGACCUUUUAAUUUAUUUCAAUCUUUUCUUUUAUUUCCUCAGACAAAAAAUUUUUCUAGCAAAAAUUAUUUUUUGAGAAAUAUUUAUAAUUCUAGUAAAAUGAUAUAUACCUUUGAUUUUGAAGUUUUUGGAAAAGUUCAAGGUGUUUAUUUUAGGAAAUAUACAAAACAAGAAGCUGAUAAUUUAAAUAUAAAAGGAUAUGUUCAGAAUACUGAUAGAAAUACUGUUAUAGGUAAAGCAGAAAGUGAUCAAAAAGAAUCAUUAGAAAAAUUCAAAAACUUUUUAACAAAUGUAGGUAGUCCUUCAUCUAGAAUUGAUAAAUGCAUUAUAACGAAUGAAAAAAUCAUUAAUAAUUUUUCAAGUACAAAUUUUUUCAUAAAACGAUAG